GUUUAGAGUGAUCACUGUUGAGACAUAGUUAAAGUGAAAAAUAAAAUAGGAAGUUUUUACAUACUUAAGUGGUAAUUUUUUUGUUGUUUCUUUUACAAAAUGCUCAAAGGUCUCAUAAAAGUAGUAGUUUUCUUUUCAUUAAUAUACUUCUUCUUUGGCACUAAAACAACUCAGAUAGGAAUUAUUGUGUACCUAUGUUUACCAUUCAUAAUACUUAACGGUACUGCGAGACGAUGCUUGCUAUUUAUGCACAAAGUCCGAACACCAUUUUUGAACCUGAAGAAUGUCGGCAGUUUUGGAAUCGUGGGCGGCAGGAGUUUCACCAUAAAAAAUCAUUCAACCAUAGACGAACAAGAAGUGGAGCUACGUGUCUGGCAUAUAUUACCGCAUAGUUUAAUUGAAAAAUUGGACUCACUGGAAGACGACCCCGAAGAAAGAAAUAGCUAUUUUGAAGAUCAGUUGAAAUAUUCACGGAAGCCUGUAAUUGUUUACAGUCAUGGUAUAACCCAGACAGUUGGAGAGCCUUCUAGAGUAGCGUUGUAUAAGCAGUUACAAAAGUUAGAUGUCCACGUGAUCACAUUUGAUUACAGAGGUUACGGCGACUCCACUGACAUCAUGCCUAAGAGAAUGAGCAUAGUGGAAGACUUCCUCACCGUCUACUCUUGGGUCAAUAAGCGCUGUGGUGACAGCCCCGUGUUUGUGUGGGGACAUUCGUUAGGUACGGGAGUCACCAACAAAGCCCUUAGUAAAUUGGAACAGUUCAGCGUAUCUUUACUACGGCAGGACUGCGCGCCACCCCUGCCGCGCGGCGUCAUAUUAGAGUCAGGCUACAACCAGAUCUCCAGUAUAGCACAGGAGUUCGGGGCGCUGGAUUGGCUGCUUCUACUCCCACAUUCCAAGAUGAUAGCGAAACAUUACUACGACACAGAUCCGAACGUGAGACUGAACUCCGAGAAAUACGUGACAUUGUUGAAAAAUGUACCAUAUUUGAUAAUGCACGCGAGAAACGAUGACAUCAUACCGAUUCGUAUAGGAGAAAAGUUGUACGAAGCCGUGAAGUUUUCGCGAACAGAAAACGACGCCCACGUUUGGUUUGAGGUGUUCUCCAACGGAAAGCACAUGUGGAUCUGCAAUGAGAAGAAUUUCCCGAGGAUUGUCAAAGACUUCAUUGAUCUUUAUAAGAUACUUUGAUACACGUUUCGUGAUACCUAUCUAGUCUUAAGGUACAUGGUUUAGUUCGGACUUGUACCUUAAUGCGCGGUCAGCCGCAGGCGCUAUCCGCAGUGUCGCCUGCGGUUGUCGCCUGCGGUUGUCGCCUGCAGCCCAUUGC